UAAACUGUUAUGGCGUUUGUGUCUCAAUACACAACGCACUAUCGUUUCUCUGUCCCGUGAUUAAGAAAAAAAUAUAUUUAAAAUGGUUGAAUCGUUUUUAUAAUAUCAUAUUAGUAUGGGAAUAAGUUUUUCGUAAAGCUAACCGACGUAACUGUGAAAGUGUAAAGUUUUUAGGUUAUGUUUCCAUCUUUUAUAGGUAUUUUAGAUAUUCAGUCAUGGUGGGAAGUGCCCAGCAUCGCGUACUUUUGUUCCCUAUUCAGGACUGCAUUCAAUCUCCUGGAUUUUGACAUCGAAGAAUUGGAAGAAGCUCUAUUGACAGAUGGAACAGAGGAGUCAGCCAGUUCCCUCCUGACUGAGUUAAUUGUACGUCUUUUGAAUGGUUGUCUAGGCAACAAUGACAUCUCAGCCUUCAAUUAUCAGAUGUAUUUGAGGCGCCUCUUUCGACGAAAAUGUCAAGAUACAGGAAGAUAUAACCCUUUUAAUACAGAUAUUGACUUCCAAUUUUUACCUCUCCGUACAAAGGUGGAAAUUUUAUAUGCUUUAUGUGAUUUUCGUUUGGAAGCAGAGGAUGUUUUUGAUUUAUUUAGAAAUCUUGAAGCUGAAAGUUUAAGAGUAGAACCAUUGGGCUGGGAUGAUAAUGACUCUGCAUACUGGUAUUUUUAUGGUACAAGAUUAUAUCGUGAAGACAUUAUAAAAAAGAAUAAAACUAAAACCAAAAAGAAAAAAAGUAAGGAAAGCAGAAAGAGAGGGUGGUUCUAUGGUGAUGACUGGCUUGAUGACGACGAAACAGAGAGGGUUUGGCAAGUGGUGUGUUUUACUGAAGAGGAUUGGACCCACCUGACAGAGAAAUUUAGUAAGGCUUCCAGUAAGAUUGAAAAGGAGUUAUACAGAUCUCUCUCACAAAAUUUUUUGCCAGAAAUACCUAGAUUGUUUCAGGAGAAAGAGAGGCUGCAAAGAAAAAGGUUGCUAGAGCUAUUGCCAAGACGUACAUCAAGUCGCGUGCUUCAAAAAAUAAAACAAAAGGAGGAAGAAACUAAACAGACUACGCAUGAGGCAGAUGAGAGGAAAGAGACACCAGAUCUUGCUCGGGAAAAUAGAGCUAAAAGACGAAAUUUGUUGAGAUCAAAGUCAGUUUCUUCUGAGUCGUCAGAGAAUACAGCAAGUGAAAACCAAGAAACCAUGCCUCAAAAAGUUGCAAGGAAAUCUAAAAAUCAAGAUAAACGGUCAAAAAACUCCUCUGCAACUCCAAAAGGUGAACCACCACCGGAGCCUCCAGUAAAAACCGGCAGAAAAACAAAUAAUUCAUUAGCAUCCGCUACAGGGCAAAUUUUAAUACCAGAUAACGAUGAACCAGUGAAUAGUACCAGGAAGAAAUUAAAAACAUCACAAAUUUUUUAUUGCAGAUUUAGUCAAAUGGAUGAAGAUAUUCAAACUGAUAUGUAUAAGGUUCUAGAACAACUUACUGCUCACCAAGAUGCAUGGCCUUUUAUGGAUCCAGUUGACGAAAAAUUUGCUCCCAAUUAUUAUGCAGUUAUCAGACGCCCUAUGGAUCUAAGAAAAAUGGAAGAACGACUUGAUAGUGGAUAUUACACCGAAUUCUCUAUGUUUAAAGCUGAUUUCAAACUGAUUGUUAAUAACUGCCGUUUAUUCAAUGGCCAGGACAAUGAAUAUACUAUGAUGGUUGAUAACUUACAAGCUGCUUUUGAUCGCCUAACAGAGAAAUAUAUACAUAGACUAUCUUCAUCUGAUGAAGAGAUUGCGGUGGAAUACCAGUUACCGACACCCUCUAGAAAACACAAACUGAAAAGUAGUGAAUCUCCUAUUCGCCAUAAAAGAAAGAAAAGAAAAUCUCAUAAUGAUACUGGUGAACCCAAGUCGAGUUCGUCAGAUCUAUUGCCAGAAGAAAAUCAAGAUGACCUACCUAAAUCCGAUGUAAAGAAAUCUAAGGAAUCUCAUAAAAAUAAAGAGGGCAAAGGAAAGAAAAAACGUAAGGGUCAUCAUCGACACGGCAAACAUUCCAAAAAUCAUAAAAAAGAUUCACACAAACACAGUCGUAAUGAAUCUACAAAAACAAAACGCGGUAGAAAGCAUAAUAAAAAUAAAGACAAAGAAAGCAAGAAAUCAAAACAAAAGAAGAAAAAGAAUAAACACCAUGACUCGCCAGAUUCUAAAGAUGUUAUUAAAAGAGCAGCCUCUCAAGAGUCUUUAGAAAGUUCAAACAGAAGCAGAAGCGCGAGUCCUUUGCCAUCUAUACACACACCAACUCCAUCACCCACUGAGCUUGACCAAACUGAACAAUGUGAUCAGUUAUCCGACCCUGAUUUCUUUAAGGAUAAAUAUGAUAAAAUUAAAGAACGUAGACGACAUGCAGCUAAAGAAGCUUGGGAAUCAUUGUUUGAUUAUAAACAAAAGGCAGUUGAUAAACAAAAUUUACAUAUACCUGAAAAAGAUAAAAAUAAAAAAUUAAGGGAAACAAUCGAAAAACUGAAAGCGAAAAGUGAAAGAUAUAAAGACACUUCGCUGUUUAACAGUUUAUUUAGUGCUAGCCACAGUAAUGAUAAAACAGAUGAUAUUGAAAAGGGUUCACAAAAUAACGAGGCGGCCGAAGCUGACUUUUCCGAUGACGAUGCUGGUGAUUAUCAGAAAGGAAAAUCUAGUAAUAAAAAAGGUUCUAAAAAGAAUACAGCAAAAAAUGAAUCGGCAUCUGAAGCAUUAGAGCAAGCUGUAAAAGAUAUUAGUAAAUGGUUAGAUGAUGCUCCUAAAAGUUCUGCAUUGAGCUCUCCCUGUGACAGCCCUGCCCAAACUAUUUCUACUGAAGAACAUGACAACAGUCGUUUAGAUGAUGAAUGUUCUCAAGGAGAAAAAACUUUAAUUAGGAAAGAAACAUCACGUAAACGGCCUUCCUCUCGUGAACCAAAAAUUGUAAAAAGAAGAGAGAUCCAAAGGACCAUAGAUAGAUUGCAACCUGGAAAAGGCAAAGGAAAUCUAUUGACUAAUCUUAGCAACAAAAAUGUUGAAAAAUCUGAAGAAGUUACACCAGUUGGUCCACUUAAUAAAAUCCGCGAUGUGAACAAAGCGGAUGAAUGUAGUCCCAAAUUAAGUCUUGGCUCAGUGUUACCAACAGUGGAAUUUGCUAUUGGAAAUGACCAUAAUUUCAGUAAUACUGAUGAUAAUAAGAGUGAAGACCAAAAAGAUGUUUCUAAAGUGCCAGAAAUAGAUACAAAUAAUAAAGAUGAGGAAAAACCAAUUGAAAAGAAAGUAGAAGAAGAAAUUCAAACCAAUAAAAAGGAUGCUGAAGUAGAAACUGAACCUACUUCAAUGACUAAGCCAAGUCAAGAAAAAGCUACACCAAAUCUAAGUGCUUGGUUUAAGGCAUUUGGAGCACCAAAAAACACAAAUUCAUCAGUUGCAGUUAAAAAGAAAACGGAUGAUACCGAUUUUGAUGAAAAAGCAGUCGAAAAUACUAACGAUAACAAAUCAUCCAGUCCUAAAAAUACAACUAAAUAUGAUUCACCAACUGAUCCAGAUACUCCUAACCCUGAUGGUGGAGACAGUCCACUUCCCAAUGUCACAACAACCCCUAGGCAAAGAAGAACUAGUACCGGGAGUUCUGUGUCUGAGAGAUCGUCUUUUAGCCAAGAUCUGGAUUCACCAAGACAUCAAAUGUCUCACACGUCGCCUUUGCUACGAUCACCAGCCUCUCCAAGAACGGACGAAUUUCAAAAGAUAACGUAUCCGAUUAUAAAUGGUACUGUACGCGCUGGAUUCUAUCAAGAUACCACAUCUAUUAAAAGUAGCCCUGAAAAGAGUUGUAGUCCACGUGAGGCUCCUCAAUCACCUUAUUCUCCAUAUUCACAACAUGUUUAUGCAUCUAACAGUGUUUUAGGGUCUUCAACACCCAAUUACUUUGUAGAUCAUAAUAAAAGCCCAUUGCCUACAUAUAGUAAUAAUCCACCGCCUUAUUAUGACUCUUCGAAGGCCCCAAUUGUCAAUAAACCUAAUCGUACGCAAAAUGAUUACACUGCUUUGGAACCUGAGUCUUAUCAACAAACUCCAUAUAGUGGGCCAUUUUCCCCAUCCCAGACAUCAUAUCAACAGCCUCAAUCAUCAAAUUACUCUCAGUCACAAACUUCACCACAGUUGAGUGCAAAUCAAAGUAGUAUAAACACGUCACAGUUGGUUCCAGAUACGAAAACGUCUUUAUUCCCUGUUAAGAAGCGAACAUAUAAUGAGCCAGAGAUACUCACUGGGUCUAACAAAAAAGCCCCUGAAACUAAAGACAAACUCAGUGGAACUUCACAAAAUAAGAAUGACUAUCAGAAAAUUUCUCAAUCUUUUCAUUCAAUAUCAUCAGCUACAUCUGUUGAUGAUAUAGCUUUAGCAUUAAGCGAAAAAUCUGAAAUGGCCAAGUUGAAUACUUUACGUGAAAAGAAUGCAGGUGAUUAUGUGGAGAGAAGAGAUCAUCGUGAUAAUAUAACAUUUGACAGUAGUGAAAUUAUGCAAGACAGUAAAAAAGAACAAAGCAUGGACCCUAAUAAACCUAUCAACAUUACUAAAAAAGAUAAUGUUGAUAUGGUAAAUAUGGGCUACAUGAACCCAGAAGCCGACAGACGUAACAGUGGAGAAAUGGACUAUGCUUUACCUAGAGAUGUUGCAAAAUCAGUCACAAAUCCACAACAGAAAGGAUUCGAAGUUGAAGCUAUUGCCAUAAAUCUUGGUUUAAAUAACCAACAAUUACAAAAACCUAUGUCAAACAUGAAUAUAAAUAUUAAUAAUAUACCGCCUGCACACUUACAAGAUCGAUCACAUAAUGAUAUUAUAAUUAAUCAAAACAUUGCCCAUUCUCAUCAUAAUCAGUAUGAAGUUAUUUCUAGUGGAUCAUCCAUAAGCAAUUUUUCUUUGAGUGACAUAGAAUUAGCGAAUAAGAAACUUUAUGUAUGUAACCCCAACUCUUCCACAGCUGCUCUCAAUUAUGGUAAUUGGAAAAUGAAUAGUCAAAUUCGGAAACAAGAACUUUUACCUUCCGACUACUCCACUAAUUACAAUACGAAUAAUGCCGACAAACUAAAAACUGACAGUACAGUAAAUUCCAAUGUAAUUCAAUAUAAUAAAAACUUACAACAUCAACAAUACAAUAAUUAUAAUGCUCCUAGAACAAGUAUUCAGAGAGCACAAGAAUUGCAACAUAAUAUUCCAGCAGAAUUAAGAAUACCAAACCCCAGAGGUCUUCUUAAAAAUGAUCAUAUGAAUAUAACUUCCUCUAUAAGUGAUAAUGAAUUAAUUGCCAAAAAUAUUGAUAGUCUUGCCAAAUCCCACAAGCCCGAAAAACUUGUACAAAAUCACGCAUUAGUAACUUCUAUUCCCUAUAAACCGCCAUACAGUGCUCAUUCUUCCCUUCCUCUGGAUAGUCUUCGUAAUUUACCCAAAAUUCCCCAAAUGAUAGACCGCUAUAAUGAACAAAGGUAUUUGUCAAGUUUUACUGGCAGCACUUCAUCUUUAUAUCAUGAGAAAACUUUUCAAAUGGCACAAAUGUUCAAUAAAAGUAUACCUUCAGAUGUUCAUGCUGCUAGUACUGGAACUGGAAGUAUUUACUCACAACCAUCUGCAUCUAUAAGCAAAGACAGUGUUUACAAAACUCCGAGUUCCGCAUUAUCUGAUUCUAAAGCAAAAAACAAGAGGAAGAGAACAUCGGAAAGUAAACAAGGACAGAUAUCGGGCAGUCAAGCUUAUCAUAGCUCAGCUUGCAACAGUGAAGUUUUGUCUUCCGUUAAAACAAGCAUGAUGCCAGGAAGCGCAUUUAAUUUUUCAACUUCCACAAAUAUGGCUUUGGGUAGUGGACUUUAUGCAGACAAUAGUGGUUUUUCCAUAGAAGAUUUUCGAAACUCUAACCUUAUGGCUGCUACAAAUUACAUGGCUGCAGUUGCGCAUCAACAACGUAAUAAUACUGAUGCUAAUAAUGAAAAAUUGGUCAAACCAGCACAUCAAAAUACUAGUCAUACAACUAGUUCUUUCCCCUUCAUAAGCCAUUCACAAGUGAGAGCUGGUUAUCCAUAUGUAGGAGCUGAUCCGUCAUCUCCUCUAUAUCAGCAAUACCUGCAAAGGCACCAAGAAGAACUUUUAAGGCAAAGUGGUGCACAAAUCAUGAGUUUGUAUCCGCCAGGUUACCCGGCUAGUAUCAGUGUAAGACAACCAUACGAUACCAUUAAUCGUCCGUCGUGGCUCUAAAUACGUGUUUAUUAGAAAUACAUCACUAUAUGAAACUUUAUUAUAAUUAUUAAUGUGACAAUUGUUAUAGAAAAUUGUAAUUUAUAUUGUUUGUAGAUUUCAAAUAGCAUUUUUGAGAAAAGAUAUAUAUUAUUUAUAUUUAUAUGUGCAAGAAUUAUUUUUAAACAUGACAAUCUUUUACAAUUUUUUGUAAACUGCCUUAUGCUUUUUAUUAUUGUUAAUUAUUAAUGACAAUGUAAAACUUUUGAAUGUUUUGUAAUACUAUUUAAAUUAACUUAAUUUGUUUCUAAGUUGUUCUCUAGUAUUGUGUUAAGUAUCACGAACAAAAUCAAGUGUUUUUAUCAUCACAAAAUCCAGUUUGUUUCAUAUAUAUAAUUAUGUUACAAGUAGCUAAGUAUUAAAACAGUCUCAAGUUACAAUUUCCAGUUUUAGAUGCAAUAUCGCUUAUAUAAAUAAGUAGGUAAUUAUAAAUUAUUUAAUUUAUCCCUUUUCCGAUAAAACGUAAUUAAGCUUUUCUGAUUAAUUUACUCAAUUUAUAUCAUUUUAAGGUCACAUGAAAGCAUAAUUGUUAUAAAAUAAUUUUAAAGUUUUAUAUUAUACUACUUAAUUUAGUUUGUUGUGUAAAUAUUUCCCUAUUUUGUUUACGGUCUAUAUUUUGUUAGCAUUUUAAAUAUAAUUUA